AAAGUCUGGCUGUGGGAAAUCUUGUCAGCAGUUUUCAGCCUCCUUUGUAUGGGCGCUGUCAUCGCAAUCCUGGCAUACAUGGAUAAGGAACUGCUUGAAGAUUGGCAUUUUCCCAUAUCUCCUAACGCGUUGGUGUCAAUUUUUAUGACGCUCGCCAAAAGCGCCAUGCUUUUGGUUGUUGCAGAAGGCAUUAGCCAGCUCAAGUGGGUCUAUUUCCGAGAACAAUCCCACCGGCUUUACGACAUGCUUCACUUUGACAACGCAAGCAGAGGACCUUGGGGUGCGGCAGAGUUGAUGUAUAGCGUACGAUGGCAUGCUACUAUAGCAUCCAUCGGUGCUUUUAUUACCAUCGUUGCCCUAGCUAUGGAUCCCUUUACGCAGCAGGUC